UAUUUUUAACAGCAUUUAUCAAUUUAAUCCUAGGCACUAGCUUGUGAAAUUCAUGUCAAUAACAAAAUAGCAUUCAACAAAAAAGAAAAUUAUUCUCUAAGAUUGUGUUAUUAAGGAAGACUGGAAAUUGGAAUUGAGGAGGGAAAAAUCAAAUCUUGUAAGAGAAGUCCUACACUAUUACACAAUGGUGAACUGGAGAAAAACUGAUACAGUCAAAUAUGGUGUUGCGAUAGGGGAGUUCAAUGGCACCAGUCCAUUUCUUUUACAUUUAAAUAUUGGCGAUGCUGUUCUCGUAUAUGAAGAAACAGAAGAUUCGGAAUGGUAUAGAGGUUGUUCAUUACUAAACAGGACACUAAAGGGUAUAUUUCCAGUUUCCUACAUCCACAUCAAAUGGAGCAUUGACAGCGAAAGCACAACAGAUGUUGAUAUUGCCAGAAGUAAAGAGUUGUCUGUUGUACUUGAAAUAACUUCAGUUCUUAAGGAAUGGGGAGCAAUUUGGAAACAGUUGUUUGUGAAAAAAUCAGAAAAGUGUGAAAAAUUACGUGAAUUGUUGUUAGAGUUAAUGAGCUGGCGAAGACAGGUUAUGUCGGGUGCAUUGACAGCGGACCAGUUAAAGCAAGUGAAGUCAGAAAUAGCUAAUAAAAUUGAUUAUGGGAAUGAUUUUCUUGAACUUGAUAUGGUUGUUAGAGAUAAAGAUGGAAGUGUUACAGAUGUUGAUUUAACUGGUGUAAUUGAUUUGUAUAAAAGGCAUUUAGAUUCAGCACAAAGAUUAGAUACGCUUCGUGAUUCAAAUAAUGGUGGUGGUGGAAAUUUAACAUCAAAUACAAACUUGCUCCAAUUUAAUGGUCAUAACUUGUAUGUGUGUAUAAAAAAUGUUGUUUGUCGAAUUGAUGAUGAUGCUGAAGUAUUUAUCACUCUGUACGAUGGGAGGGAAAAUGCUUUUAUUAGUGAAAAUUAUUUGGUUUCAUGGGAUAAACAAGGAAUGCCUAAGGAUUUGGAUAAGCUACACAAUUUAUCCUGUUUAUUUACGGAUUUAGGCUCUCAAGAUUUGCAACGAGACAAGCUAUAUAUUGUUUGCCAGAUCAUAAGACAUGGGCGUAUGGAUAUCAAGGAUCAUGAUAGACGAAAAUUAACACAGAACCUAAGAAGACCAUUUGGGAUAUCCGUUUUGUAUAUAAGUGACAUUGUGCAAGGCAAAGUCACUGACGAUGAAGAUAAAGAGUACUUUCUACAACUUCAACUUAUGAGUAAUGAGGAUGUUGAUUCGGUAAUCAGAAGAUCAAUACAAAGAUAUCAAGCACCUGGUCAACGGACUGGACAAGGUAUUUGGUUGUCAGUAAAGAUGUUGCAUGGAGAUUUACAGCAGGUGAAAGAAGAACAUCCUGUUUUAAUCAACCAAUUUACUGCUAUUGCUCGCAAGCAAGGCUUUCCAGAUGUUAUUAUGCCUGGUGAUAUCAGAAACGAUAUGUAUUUAACCUUGAUAUCUGGAAAUUUCGACAGAGGUAAUAAAUCAGCAAACAAAAAUCUACAAGUUAUUAUUGCUGUUUAUGAUUCUGAUGGGAAGUUAUUACAGGAUGUUAUUAGUCCAGGCGCAGGAGAGCCCUUAGUCAGUGAAUUCUAUUCUACAGUGUAUUAUCACAAUGCAGCACCAAAAUGGAACGAAGUGAUAAAGAUUUCUAUUCCAACGGAGAAAGUAAAUGGCUCUCAUAUUAGGUUUUCUUUCAAACACAGAGCUACUAUCGAUGAGAAAGAUCGUUCGCAAAAGAUAUUUUCUCUGGCAUAUGUAAACCUUCUUAGUGCUGAUGGAACCUGUUUACAAGAUUCAAAACACGAACUGGCUGUGUAUAAGUGCGAUGCAAAAAAGAUAGAGGAUUGUAAUGCAUAUUUAAAACUUCCAUCAAACAAGAUAGAGGCUGGCCUUCAUUCAAAAAAAUCAAUUAGUGGUGGAGGCCUUACAUUCAGCAAAACUGAAUCUUUUAAAAUAGGAUUUCAAUUAUGUUCAACAAAGCUUGCUCAAAAUGUUGACUUACUUGGACUAUUAAAAUGGAGAACGCAGAAAGAAAAAUUGACAACUAUAUUACCUGCUCUUCAUAAAGUCAGUGGUCAGGAAAUUAUGAAGUUUCUGCAAGAUACCUUUGAUGCUCUUUUUGCAAUACUAACGGAAGAUUCUGUAAAGUAUGGUGAAAUGGUGUCUGAUGCUGUGGUGUUUUGUAUUGGUCUUCUAGCUGACAAGAAAUAUCAUCGUUUUCGAUCAAUCUUAGAUAAAUAUAUUAUAAAAUUAUUUAGUUCAACUAAAGCAUAUAUAACAUUGAUUGAUGUACUACAGCAAAAUAUUGAAAAUGCUCAAUCACCUGAUCUUGGGGCAGAUAAAAGAGAACAUACAAUUAAAUACUACAAGGCGUUGGAAUACUUGAUAAAAUUUGUUGUCCGCUCAAGAUCACUAUCUGAAAGAGCUGCACCUGGGAAAGCAAGGCUUGAGUUUGAAGGCUCGAUUAAUAGUUUGUUCUCAAGUAUUAUGAAUAUGAUGAAACUCAGUAGCAGCCAGGUUUUACCUUUACAGGGAUGUGCUUUGAAAUAUGUUCCUGCAGUAUUUGGAGACCUUCUUGAAGCUUAUGACGCGUCACAGUUAGGAUAUUUUGCACGAGACCUUGUAGAAAGAAUUCCUCCAGGAAGGUUACAAACACAGAAGUUGACGUGCAUUCACCAGUUGGUCAAAUCACCUUUAUUUUCUAAUCUAGCGAGCCGGGAAGUUAUUCGUCCCAUGGUUGUUGGGCAGCUUAGAGCGAAUAUGGAAAAGUUUGAGGAGUUAAAGAUUUGUGCUGAUAUUAUGAAUGAAAUGCUAUCUAGUUUUGAUAGAGGGCCCGACAUGGGUGACACAACUAAUGAUAUAUCAUAUUUGGUUUCUAAUUUAUUUCGCUGUAUCGUACAAACAGUCAUCAGAAUGAAUCUAGCAAGUCAGCUAGUGGGCAACUAUGUGGCUUUCAUUGUUGGUAUAUUGGAUUUAAUGAAGGAUGAUCAUUACAAAUUAUAUAUUGAAUCCUAUCUGAAUGAUUACGAACUACUUGAUGGUUUAAUGGAGCUCUUCUUAGUCUUUAGGGAGUUUGUUAAAGACAAUGUCUACCCUAAAGCCUGGAUUUCAAUGACCAUGAUACAAAACAACAUAAUUCUGCGAGCACUCCAAUACUUUUCUGAAGCAUUAUAUGACAGGUUUCUUAUUGGCGAAGCUUUUCAAUACCAGCUGUGGGAUAACUUCUUUCAACUGGCUGUUGCAUUCAUAACUCAAGAUUCUCUUCAACUUGAGCAGUUUUCAGACAGCAAACGAAACAAGAUCUUAGAAAAAUAUUCUGAUAUGAGGAUGGUGAUUGGAUUAAAAAUUGUGGAUAUGUGGCAGUUCCUAGGUAUAAAUAAGAUAAAACUCAUUCAAGACAUGGUGCGGCCAUUUCUGGAAAUGACAUUGAUUCCUGAAACAGAGUUGCGCAAAGGUACAAUACCAGUUUUUUUCGACAUGAUUGAAUGUGAAUUCAGAAAUAGGCAACACUUCAAACAGGUGGAGUCUGAAGUUAUCAUCCACUUGGAUCAUUUGAUUGAGACUGGAAUGAAGGGUGACGAGGAAUAUAAAGAAUUAUUUAGUCAAAUGUUAACUCAGAAAUUUGUACAAGAAAAGAAAAACAAUCCCCGGUUAUGUGAAGUUGGUCUUCUGUUUGUUGAAACGAUCUCAAAGUUGUUGUCAAGACUUUUGGACUAUCGAUCAGUAAUACUGUCGGAAGAUAAUAUCAACAACAGAAUGAGUUGCACUGUUAAUAUAUUAAAUUUUUACCAAGAUAUAAGAAGAGAGGAAAUGAAAGAAAGAUAUUUAUACAAACUAUGCGAUUUGCAUAUCAGUGUUGGCAGUUACACAGAAGCUGCUUUUACAUUGCUACAACAUGCAGAGUUACUAAAGUGGUCUGAUGAACCUUUAAACAAUACCAAUACAAAUAUCACAUCCAAUCGAUAUCAAGCAAAAACGCAACGAGAAUUAAAAGAAAGACUUUAUAAAGAUAUCAUUGAUUAUUUUGACAAGGGAAAGAUGUGGGAGUAUGGUAUCAGUCGAUGCAAAGAAUUGGCUGUGCAAUACGAAACAGAGACAUACGAUUACAUCCAAUUGAGUGAAAUACUGGAGAAGCAAGCACGCUUCUUUGAAAACAUCAUAAAAGCUGUUGUCCGACCUGAACCUACAUAUUUUCGUGUGGGCUAUUUUGGGAGAGGCUUUCCGACAUUUUUAAGGAAUAAACUUUUUGUAUACCGAGGUGACGAAUUUGAAAAGUUGAGUGAUUUUUCACUGAGGCUACAAGUUCAAUUUCCUGGUGCUAAGUUUCUUGGCACAUUGGUACCUCCUGGUGCGGAUAUAACAGAUUCGAUUGGUCAAUGGAUUCAAGUUUGCAAAGUAGACCCGAAGCCAGUUGAAAGAAGAAAGUUUCGCGGGAAAAACGUGGCUAUACAAAUCAAAAAAUUCUACGAAGUUAACGACGUUAGCGAAUUUGCAUUAAAUCGUCCGUUUCAUCGAGGCAAGAAAGACAAGGAUAGCGAGUUCGCGACACUAUGCAUUGAGCGUAUUACGAUGAAUACCGAAUACACAUUUCCGGGUAAACUUCGAUGGUUUGAAAUUAAAUCAUGUAAUACUAUUGAAUUGUCUCCUAUCGAAAAUGCAGUUGACACUGUCCAGACGAAAAACAAGGAUUUAUUGACAUUGAUCAAUCAAUACCAAGCUGAUGACAGUUUAAGUCUGAAUCCGUUAAGCAUGUUGCUAAAUGGAGUGAUCGACGCUGCUGUUAUGGGAGGAAUAUCGAACUACGAAAAGAUCUUUUUCACAAAAAAGUACAUUACGGAAAAUCCAGAUCAUACAAUCUAUAUCGACAUUUUAAAAGAAGCAAUAGUUGAACAGACAGAUAUUUGCGAGAAAGGCUUGCACAUACACAAGCAGCUUGUUUCGGAAGAAUUAAAACCUUUCCACGAGAAAAUGGAAACAGUUUUUAAAGACACUCAAAAGAAAGCAGCCCCCUAUCGAAAAAGCCAGCCUGCGAAAAAUAAUCAACUCGGCGGAAGUCGCGAGAUUCGUCCGACCAGUGUUGUUCAUUCCAGUAGAAGACCAAGAGUACAAUCAGAAUUUGGUAUACUUGGAAGCGGAAGUAACAAACCGGUUUCCAGCGGUCCACCGUUACCACAUCGCUACACUACGUCCCUGCAACAACCAGCAGAUGCACCUCCAGUUCCUGAUAAACCUAAUCGACACACCACUAUUAUUGGUCCUAGUUCUCCUGUCCAUUCAGCUAUUUCUUCUGUAAAUGAUCUGAUAGCUCCAGCCUUACCAAGAAAACCAACUAGAACCUUCUCAACAUCACCUAACUCAUGUGCUGUACCUUCUCACUCUACAGUAUCUCAUUCCUACUCACAUGUCACAAUCCACUCUGAUGAAAUCCGACCAACAGUACCGGAAAUACCCUCGAAUUUACCGCCUCCAUAUAGUCCAAAUGGAUCACCAAAACCUCCACCGAAACCGUCGUUAAAAUCGUCUCUUAGUAAUACACCGCCCAUUGAAGAGGGAGCGGUGGAAAAUGACGAAGAUGAUGAAGAUGAUCCUCCUCCUCCUCCUCCUCCAAAAAAAAAUGCGCAACCAGUGGUAGAAGAGAAUGAAAAGCCUGAAUCGGUUUUACCGCCACCGCCAGUACCGCCAAGACAAAAGCCAAGCUAAUUUUCUUUAACUUUUAAAACUCGAUUAAUCGUCUUAGGCGCUUAUUUAAAUUUGGACUUUAAGGGUGGGCUUUUAUUCAAGAGGGAUAGUAAAUCAAGAGUAACAGGUAUAAAUAAACACUUAUGUGAGCGCAAAUGUUUAUGAUUUAAUUUUUUCUACGCCAAUAAAAUAAUAGCGAACUGCUUAAACCUAAAUUUGACUUGAAGUUUUUGUGCCGUAGAUGAUUUUAAGCUGUUUUUGAGUAAAAGGCCGUUUUUUCCAAUUUCUAAAAAAUUCGAACUGUACUAAUAAAUUUAAAUAACCGCCCCUGGGCGCUUAUUUGAGAGGGGCGCUUAGAAAAUACGAAAAAGGGAAGGCGCUUAUAUCAGAGUGGGCGCUUAAUCGAGAAUUUACCGUACAUGAAUUUAAUUCUUUCUACUGUCAUGCGCAUUUUUGAAACUGCGUAACAAUUUUUUGAAUGCUCUUCGUUGCUUCCCUGUGUUGUAUUUAAUUGUAAAAAUAUUUUUUAUACAUUAGUAACUUAAUAUUUUAGUAUUCCACAGUUCUUCUGUUUGUUUGUUUGUUUGUUUAUUUUUAUAUUUGUUUUAACACGUUUUAUAUCCACCUUUUGAACUUUUGUAAUUUUGUACAAAUUCUUUAAGUAUAGCGUUGCACUUUUGUUUAUAAGAAAAAAGCCUUAUAAAAAGACGAAGUUGUUCCAAAAAUUUACAGCGAGUUAAGAACAUUUUAAGUCUUCGAUGAUUCGUAAUUAAGAACAUGAACAAACUGAAAAUACUUGCAUAAUCGCUCAUUUUUCAAAAAACGUUUUAAAAAGAUCUUUAGCCUUUAAAAUGCGAAAAAUUGAUAGCAUUUUGAAGCUUUCGGGAAACACGAUGUUCUUAUAAUACAACAUGUAUUUUUUCUACCGUUCAAUUGUAUUCACAUUUUUGUUCACAUUAGUGGUUGCUUUUUCGGACUCUAAUACCUUGUAUAUUGACCAUCAGACUAACGAAGUAAAAGUGACUGUCAAUCAAUGUGAUAACAUUUAAUUUGCAUGUUUUGUAAACAGGAUUGUUUUGUAUGUUAUAUCCUAGUGCGAAUGUUUUAAUUAAUUUAAUUAA